AUGAAGAAAAUGCAAAUUCAUGUGGUGGUCAUCUUGCUAAUUAUUCAUGUGGCAGCGUCACGAGUGGAAGAUGUUGUUGAUGUUGUUGUAGACACUCCUCCUACAUAUAGAGGUGAAUGGGCUUUUACGAAAACAACGGUGCAGAUUAGCAAUCGUCUCGAUGGUGGCUUAACACUAAAACUCCAUUGUAAAUCUAAAAAUAACGAUCUCGGUGUCCAAACUCUUGCACCGGAUAGUUCUUGGUCAUUUAAGUUUAGACCAAAUAUUUUUGGAACAACACUCUUCUUCUGUCGUUUUGUGUGGGCUCAUGAAGCACAUUCGUUUGAUAUUUAUGAUGAUUAUAGAGAUGGUGUUCGUAAGGGUAAUCCAUGCAUCGACUGUACGUGGAAUAUAGACCAGCAUAGACCAUGCAGAUUUAACGAAAAGACCAAUUUAUUUGAUCUGUGUCAUCAUUGGAAUAAGUAA